CUUUUUCGAAAAGUCGUCGAAACCAAUCGACCCGACGUGAAGGACGGUUAAAAAUUAAAAAAAUGCAGAUCGAGAGCGCUUACUCAAAGGAAUUUCAUUUCCCACUGCGGUGGAAUUCCUGGGGCACUCUCGACAGGAAAAAAAAGAGGACCGACCCGAUGUGCGCGCGGAAAAUGGGCCAUCGAAAAAUAUCGAUUUUCCCUCCGCAGAGAGCCACGGAUACAUAACAGUUUUCAUCCGCUGAAGUGUGUCUGACUCGAACAAGGAGAUCGCGUUACGACCGAGCGAAUUCCCUUCGCUCUCGAUUUUUAAAAUAUUGAAUUUUUUAAUCCGGCGCGAUAUUAGAAUCGAGAGCGCCUCUCUCGGAAUACCAGCUCCCGCGUAUAAUGCGAUGCAGCUAUUUCCCGGCGGCGCGAUCUCGAAUGCGGCAGAGCGUCUCGGUAUUUCUGCGCUCGCGGAAAGAGAAAUAACACUGAUAAUUUCCUUUUAUUUUCAUCGGCUUCUAUAGCUAUCUCGCCUAAUUGAUUGAAUAAGAAGGCGCAGCAGCUUUUUUCCCAGCUGCGACGACGCAUUCCGCAAAUUGAAGUACCGUUUGCGGCGUCAUGCGCGCCCAUAAAUCGCGCAGAUUCGCUUUUACGAGACGCGCGCAAACUCUCGGAAAAGGAGUAAACAAAGCUGAAUCGAUAUCGAUUCUCUCUACUUGGAAUAUUACACGCGAGUGUGUGUGUGUCUGCGGAGCGUCGAAAAAAAAUGAGCGUCUCAGACAAAGCGCGAAAGGAAGCGAAGGAACUAUAGGGAGAAUCGACUUUAGCAGAACGGUAAAGUGGCUUUUUACAGUUAUUCCCUUCGUGCCUGCACCAGUAGUACGGGAACCUCAUUACUAGCGCUCUGCGCCACCGGAGGAUUCCAAUUCGGCGUAUUUUCCAUAAAUGCUCUCCCCUUUGUGUCUCUACGCGCGUUAUGCAGAAGUUUUCUUCACAGACGCGAUCGACAGAGGCAGUGUCUCUCGCGGAAAAAUGAAAAUUCCGGCAAGCUCGCAACGACUUAUUUUCUCGCGGCUCGUAAAAAAACUAGCUGCCCCGCGCGCGCGCGCGUAAACUCGGCAUGAAUAAUGAAGUGCUCUCUCUCUCUCUCUCUCUCUCUCUCUCUCUCUCUCGCCACACACUAGGCCAUAAUCACCUCUCGCAAUUUUCGAAAAAGGCCAUCGAUUCGCGCACUGCACACGCGCGCGUAAAAUUCGCAUGUGCGUCAUUCCGCGAAAGCCGAGUUUACGCUCCUUCCCCGAUUUCCGCGUAUACGAGCUUCCGCGAAAGCUCUUUACGACGACGACGACGACGACGCUCUCUGUUGCCACGUCCGUGUGAAUGCAGCGGACACACGAGCGCAGGCUCGAGCAUGUUUAUGGACGAGUUUAGUUUCUCUCUCCUCACGGGGGGCUGUAUGUAUAGUACGUGCCCAGCACGCGAACCGGAAGUUUCGUAAAAUAUCCGCUGGAUUGUGGCUACGGAGGAGUGUAUAAUAUUUCUCGGCGGCGGCGGCCAUUGGCGCUCUCUCCAAACAAGCGCUUGCGAGAGAAUUCGCGCGCAUCCACCAGCUGCUUCGCGGAAGACAUCGAUUUUGUCUCUUAGUCCUGUGUGUGUGAGAGAGAAUUGGAAAAAGUCGACGACUUGCGGAAUCGUGCGAUUGGACGUUUAAUUAAUCGUUGUUUUUACCCCUGGUUUAUGUACUGUAAAUAGUAGGUAUCUUCUCUGCACGUUUACGUAUAAACAAGAUGUUUUAAUGCAAAGUUUCCCUUUGCAUAGUAAAUUUUCAGAAAAUUCUUUCCGCGCAUUUGCAUUUUCAAUUUUACGCUUUGCCUCUCCCCCUCGAUGUUGCUCCUCGACGUUGCUACAAUUCUCUUUGGAGCAGCGCUGUAACUCAGGGUAUUUUUAUGAUGUGCAGCUAUACAUAUACGUUUACCUUUGAGAUAUGUCCUUGCCCGUGUAUAUCGGUAGACUCUAAUUGGUAUUUACGCAAUUUGCCGUUUCUUCCAUUUCCAUGUCUAAGUUCUUUUUUUUCGUCGUAAAAAUAUCUGCUCCCCGAGUCUCUCCCUCUCGUACAAGCGUAAUGAGAUUGAGAAUCAGCGAGAGACGCUAUCCAUUAUACGAGAGUCAAUCGUACGGCGGGAAAAUCGAUGAGUCGUACUACUUAUAUAGUAACCGCAUGAACCCGAGUCAACCUUUGCUAUAAUCGAGUCGCCCGAAUAAGGUUACGAAAUCAUAAUCUAAUUGGAACGACUAUUUCUAGCCGUACAACCGUACACUCCCCGGUACAUUUAUUAUUGAAGAGGAAGCGCGCACGAUCCUCGCGAAUCGAUGCUCGGUUUUUCCGCUAUGUUUACCGAGCGAUAUAUCGAGUGUAAUAAUAACAUUUCGAAAAUUCUUAAAACGCAAAGAAUAAAAAGCUGCCCCAAGAAGCUCUCGAAGACAUCGAUCCUAUAAUCCCUCUGGCAAACUAGCGAGCCGCCGCCGAUGUCCGAGAUUUAAUUUUCUAGCGCCCGCGGCGAUAACAAUGUUUAAUGCAAGCCCGUAUCCAGCGGCGCUCCUGCUGCACUGGCCUAACGAUCCGAGUUAUUAUUGGUGUACGUACGUAUACCCUCUCUCUCUUCCCGAUGAGAUACCCUCGCCGUUGUAAUUACGAAGAGAGCUGCUGGCCUGGGCGAGUUCGAAUUUUCAUUUUUAAACGCGAUAUUGAAAAAUUACACGACGGCCCUCUCUCGUACUACAGCGAAAUCCAUUUACGCUUAUACGCGAAAAUCUCCUUAUACGCGCUGUAAAGCUCGACGGUGGUGGGAAAAAAGGUAACAGCAUACGCUGCUCUGCACUUGAUGAAUCGCCGGGCGCGUGUCGGACACGAGCGCGAGCGCAGUGGCAAAAAAUCGGAAGCAGCUCCGCGCCGAUGUCUCCGCCGAGAUUAAACGCGUCGAAGCUCAAAUGGAUUUCCGGUUUCGGCGUGUGUGUGUGCAAGCGAGCGACUACCUCGUCCUUUUAUUUUUUUGUUCCUCUCUUUCUCUCGUGUUGUACGAGAGGGCCGUCGUGUAGGAGGAAAAUCGAGGAGCAGAGGUCCUCUCUCUCUUCCUUGUACUAAUUGUUCUGUUGAUUAAAAUGUGUAUAUAUAGGUGCGCGCGCGAGUUUUUACGAGUGAAAUUGCUGGAACUGUGCUGAGAGAGAGGGAGAGAAGGGGGGGAAUUAAUGGCCGUGAAUUAGAGAUGUAAUUUCGUACGGAGUAACUUAAACGCGAUGUGUGUAAUGAAAUCGCGGGAUUGUUGAUUGCCGUUACACGCGCGAUUGUUACAUCGUUGCCGAGCGUUCGCCUCGCAUGUAAUAACGCCGCGUUUAUUCGGCAAUUAUCUCGCGCGCGAGCGUAUAAUUAAUCCGAUGUGCGAGAUGCACGAUGAUUCGAAAGGGCCGCGAGACACAGAGUCCGCAUUGGCCGCGACCUUUCCUCCGCGCGUGUGUGCGAUAACUCGUUCGUAUUUUCUUCGCGCAAGCGCGCGUGUAACACAGUUGAGUUAGUGUAACAGGGUUUAGGCGCUUUUCAAUGCAAGAAACUCGCAAAGUUGCUCCAUCGUGUUUGCGCCGCAGUCUCGAAAGUUCGACGCGGCUGAUUCUGGGAGAAAAGAGCCACUGCAGCUUUAAUUCGGCGGAUCGGAUUAUACGCCCUCUUUUUCAUCCGGUGUAUAAACUUGGAGAAAAAAAUUAACGAUCGCCUCUGAAUUAUACAGCGUAAAAGAGCGGUUGGGGAGGAGAAAAAAGCGGGAUCCCGUCGUUUAAAGGACGAAAUUCGCGGGAGCUUGUCAAAAGAUAAUUAGAUAUUGAUUUCGCAUUAGGCCGCAGCGCCGGCACUCGUUAACGCGCGUUACGAUCGUCGCUCCUCUCGCCGGAGAGAGAGAGAGAGAGAGAGAGAGAGAGAGAGAGAGCUGUGUAUUUUAUAUGUGUGUGUGUAUAUAGGUAGGUCGGGGUCUAUACUACGGUCGAUGCUCUACGAAAUUCAAGUCCCGGGACCUGGACCCUCGUAAAUCCCGCGCGCGCCAGGUUAUGACUUCUUGCGAGUAGUCUGCGAAGCUUGCGGGGGAGGUACAUAAGGCGCCGGGAAAAGAAAGACUCGCGCCUGUCUGGACGAAGGGAGUGAAAAUUUUCUGCUCUUGUAGGCUGGAUUUAAAACGUUGUUUUUUUUCCGACGUAUCAACGGUGUGAUUGUACAUUCGAAGUCGAUUCGAUUUCGGAGCGGGAAUAAAAUAGCCGUCGCGGAUCAAAGGGCGGUCGAAACAAUACAAUGAUCAGGAAACCGGCUAAUUGCGGUUUACCGGAUAGAGCAUGUAAAUGCGGCUAAUCAAAUAGUGCGGCCGCUCCCGAUUAACCAUGACAACGAAACCGUGCGAUUAAAAUAAACCGUCGCUCUGCGUUAAACGUCUAGCGAUCUUUUCCGUCGCCUCAAGAGGGAGAGGGAGAGCAGGCGAUGAAUAUCUUGGGGCAAUUAAUUAAAAUACGUAUUUUUAGGUAUCUCGAUGAGACUGAAAGAAAGACCGGAUUAUAUUUCUUUCGGCUUAUCGAGCCUUCAGUUUCCCGGCUUUGAAUAACAAUGGUCGUGAAUUCAUAUCAGAUCGCAAUUUUAUUAGCCUCUCCCUCUCGUCGGCCCCCUAUUGAACGCGCGACGGCGGCGGUGGGCUUUUUGAAUAUCAAAAGAACUAAAAGUCAUGUCUCUGCGUGGAAAAAAGGCUAUUUUCGCCCGACACAAUGCAGCCGCGUGAAUUUUUACGGUUCUCCAGACUUUGUCAAAAUUUUACUUUAUAGGGAUUCGAGUGUAUACCUCGAAAAUUGAUGGAAGCUUCGAAAAUAGAGUAACGCAAUUAUAUUAGAUCAAUUUGUCCGAACGAUAUCGAACGCUCGAUCCGGCGACUAAUUGUAUACGCAUCGCAAUUAGAGGCUUCGCUUGAGCGUUCGGAGAGUAUAAUAAUUGUUACAGAAAGUAACGAUAUCGUCGAUACUCGCGCUUAAACACACGGGAGAGAUGUUCGAUUUAGGUCACGCGAUGAUCAAGCGGUAAUUCACAACUGUCUCGCGAGACUGAAGAAUAAGUCGGGCCAUAGGUCAAAGAGAUCAGCGGCUGGAAUAAAAGCUGGACCAUGUACGCGUCUGCGGCUGUACACACAUUCAUAUACGAGCGGAGAGUAUAGAGCAUAGUAUGGGCCGAGAUAAAAAAAAACGGUAGGCUGCAGAGGGUGAGCCGGGAAAUGAGGCGAAACUGAAAUUGCGGCCGGAGAGGUCUCUCUUUGAUUCCCGCAAUUAUCUCGCUGGAAUAUCACCUGGAAUCUGGAACGGGCUUUUCAUUUUUUUUCCUCUCUCUCUCUUUCUCUUUCCAUCUCUUUUCCGGAUUGCAUUCGCGCGCGGAUUUAGUUUUGAAUAAAGCCGUAAACACGCGUUCGCACCGAAAUGAAACGAGCUUUCCCGCAGCUGUAUACGUAUUAUUAUAAUGAUGAAAAAAUGCCUUUCGUAAUAAUCAAAAACUACCGAGCGGAUUACUGCAGCCUGCAGCCGAGAAUUCAGCUCUUUCCUCUUCGUUCACGAUUUAUUUUUAACAGAGCCCCUUUUAAUUAUUGACUGCGCACGCGGCCACUAGAGCCAGGCACAGACGCACACAUGCACACACGUAUACGUGUAUUAUUCAUUCGACAAGCUCUUCCCCGAGUUUCUUUCAGAGGGAUUUAAUCCGAAUCUGGGACGCGAGGUGACGUUUCGAAUAUCGAUGUUCCGCUGUGCUAUCGGUUGCCGCUGCUGCCCUUUUUUUUCUAUUUUGACCGAGCAAUCUGUAUACCUACAUCCUUCCCUUUCGCGAAGCUGCUCGUGAACUGUUGUCAAUGAGAUGUUUUGCCUUAUUGGCUCGCGGAUGGAUUUUGCGGAUGUUCUCCCUUGGACUCGUGGAUAAUAUCGGAGAAGAGAUUACGGAAGUCGAGAGGCUUCCUCGCUUCGUGGAGUUGUUUUUGCAAACUGCUGAUGCGUCGGAGCUUUUUUCCUGCGAAAUGGCGCAGCUCUUUAGAAACUCUCUCGCAGCUUUUCAUGCUCUGAAUACUUUGUGCUACUGUUUUAACGGCUCGUGGUUUCGUUGUAACGUGGCUAUAUAAACGAGAAGGCAAAGGGUCAGGGAAACAAUGUGUUUAUUAACGACGCUGUACUAGCUGACCUAUCGACCUGUCAUAAGUGAUCAGCCUCGGAAUACGUAACGACGCUAUAGUCGAUACGCGAUAAUGAGAUCUGCCGUACAGUAUACCGCGGGUACUUUCAUGGCAUUCAUGGCUCGCGCGACUAUUCGAACUAACACAAGAAGCGCCACUAGAGCCUGCGAGAAUAAAAAUUAUCAACACGCAGUGAAAAGGAUUGAAUAUCCCAUGAAACUCCAGUUUCACGAUCGGCAAAAAAAACGAGCCUUUCAAAGCGCUCGGCGCGAGAACUCUCAUAAAAGCUUGAAACUCGCUCUAAAUCGCUCGCUCGCCGUAUAAAUAAAAAUCUCGAUGAAUCGAACGAAAACAGCGGCAGCGCCAGCUUCAUUGUGAAAAAAAACAAUUACCGCGGGCGAUACAAACUCCGAAAACUUCAUUACAUCCGCUGCAGUAGCCGUUAAUUUUCAGCGAGCCGAACGGACGAAAAAAGCGCGAGCAGCAGCGAAAGGGGGUCAGCAUUGAUUUUUUCGCGAUUCAGAUUUUUUUCGAGUUUGGGAGAUGCCGGCCAGGAGAAGAGAGCGAUUAGAGCUCGGCGAAAGUAGGCGUCACUCGAAAUAAAAGGGCCUAUAGGCUCUGGAGGGAGGGAGUCUAGAGACUUGCUCCUUUAUCGAAGUACCAGCAUCUCUCUCUCUCUCUCUCUCUCUCUCUCUCUCUCUCCCUCUCUCUCUCUCUCUUUCUCGGCCGGUGUUCGAGCGCCUCGAGAGCUACGGGGACUACACGCCGCAGGGGGUGUUGUGCUCUCGUGCAUCUCUUUUUUUCUUGAGGAACAGAGUAGAAACUAGCUCUCUGCAGUGGUGUGAAUUUGUUUAUCGGGUGUAUUGUACAUAGUUGAUACAGAUGUACGGCAAACUGUUAUCGGCGCAGUUCCGAAUGGAAAUUACAAAAGAUAUCAUCGCAAUUUUCCGGUUAUGCACAGCCCGCGCGCGACCAUUCUGAAUAAAAGCUCUCAACUUUACGCGCGAGAGUAGAUCAAAUUUAAUUCUCGCCGCGAAUGUGCCGCUCGACUGCCGCUACACUUCAAUUAAUCCAAGCUCUCUCUCUCUCUCUCUCUCUCUCACUCUCACACCGCGGAAUAACGUAAAUCCCGACUAAAUGUAUAAAAUCUUUCGGGCCGCCCGAUAACAAAGGAUAUGCAGAUUAAUUUCCUAGAGCCAUAUGCGCCGCGUAUAACAUUUUCCGCGUUGAAAAUGGAAAUUUCGCCGGUGAGUGCAGUAUGUUGCUUGUUAAUUUCAAUAAGAAGAUUCGCCGCCGCAGAGCAACAAUGGACCGAUCCGCUCGGAAAAUGUUGCGUCGAGUCGAUGUGUACAAAGGAAGACGAUAAUUUAUAUCUCGUUGUACGGCACGAGCUGCUCCGCUGCAGGUUUAAUUUAAUUUAAAUGAAAUCCAACAUUUUUCAGCGACGCGUAUGGAAAUCGCGCAGGAAUACGAAAGAAGCGGAUAAAAAUAAAAGAGUCUGUAUAUAAGGGUUACGAGUGCAGUGUAACUCUUGAAUUUAUUCAUUUUAAAAACUGGGAUUUCGAGUGCGCAUACACGUCGCGUAUAUAUUAUCUUAAUUGGAAUAUACUAUACAAACGCGCAUUACGGUCUAAAUAUUUUAACGAUUCCGCGCUCGCGCGUUUAUUCGAAAAACAAAUGUGCUCGUGUGUACGCGGAGCGUAAAAGUAAUCGGAAAUUAAUGACUCAGAAUUACACUGUUUGCCUUUCGCGCGUCUAUUCCCCGACGCUCGGCUCUCGUAAUAUUAAAUUUAAUUGCGCCAAUAAACGUGCUGGUCAAUCAAUUAAACGCCGGAUGACUUUGCAUAAUUUUAACGAACUACUAUAUUUUGCCGUAGUGGUGAACGAGCUAAUUAUUCACCUCUGAAUUUGUUUACGGGGCAUACGAGCUUGCGCAGAGGAAAAAAGCUCAUUGAGGUUGAUUGUCAGAGAAGCGCAAAAAUCUGUCUCUCUCAGCUCAGAGCUUGAAAUUAGAGACUAAUCUCGUUUGGACAUGCGCAUCCGACUCGCGACGUAAGCUAAUCAGCAUUUUAUCGCGUCUAGCUUGUUUUUCCCCGGAAUUUCGCGUGUACAAAUCACACGUGACAUGACAGUUAUACCAGCACAAAUGUUUUCGUGUAUUCAAGCGUUAUUUCGCGAGAGUAAACAUACACAAGAUAUCUCGGUACUAUACAGGUAUGCAUAAGGAAGCGUUGACCUCCAGACGCGUGGAAUCCUGCCUUUCGAAAUUCUUCGGCGAUGUUCCCGCUCUUAAAUUGUACCCUCGAACGGUCCGCCAUACCGGAGCUUUUCUGCCUAUAUAUAACGCGCUCGCGCGAGAUUAUUGAAUUCACGUCCGUGAGCUUUUUGCCUAUAGAGGGAUUCGAUAACGCAAUAACGCGCGUACACAUAGCGGAUUAUUCGAAUUUUCCCGCGCUAGCGCGGCUUUCGAAAACGCGCGACAUUCGAAUCGAAAGCUCGCGUCAUCGUCGAACGUGCAAAGCCUUUUCGCAAAGAACUAAACAGCGAAAAUACAUUUCUGUACACACAUACGCGCGGGCAAAAAGGUAAAUCGACUCGAGCCAGCAUCUCUCCCUCUACAUCGAGCUUAACCCUCCCCUUCUAUAUACACACGUACAUAACACGUUGCCGGCGGCGGCGGCAGCGGCCAGGGACGUAUGGCUCGACUCUCGCACUUGACCCUCGUCGUCGUCUUCUCGAGCUUUUGUCGUGUCCCCCCACAUCUACUUUUUGUGUGCGUUUCCCUCUACGUGUGUAUUAUACUUAUGUAUACACACGCGCGCGUGUGUAUAUCGCCUUAUCGGAUGGCAAACUGCGGCGUUUUGUUCUUCUUCCAGUCUCGGCCCAUAAGCUCCUUGGUAAUCGGAUGAGUUUCGCGAGGACGAGACGUUUCGUUUCGCGCGCGUAGGCGCUUUGAUAAUAAUGGUAUUACACAGCCGGUGUUUGUGUGUGUGUGUAUUGUGCUCUACUAUGCUUCAAGUGGCUGAUGCUGCGCGCGGUAAUGCGAUUCUUGUAAAUAAGUUUUUCGAGAGGAUUCCUGCGUGUAGGAAUAAAGAGGAUUUACAGGGACGAUGGCUGAUUAAAUUGCGUUAGGAAAGUGUGGGAAUUUUUUUUCCCCGAAAUUUCAUACGCACGCUUUGACGAGUGCGAUAACGAGCGUUAUUUUUCGUAAUUUUCGGAUCGCCGCGCGAGUGCGUGCUUUUCAAUGAAAAAACUUUCGAAGCCGAAAUAUAAUAUCGGAGGGCGAUUUUUCCACUGAUUCGAAUUUUUUCCCAUCGAUGAAUAUGUAGAUUUGAUUUCGCUCGCAAACAUUUGCUUUCAAUCCCACAGCUUUUUUUAUACGCUAACGUGAAUUUUCCUGUAAAAAAAAUAUUCACCGACUCACCCCCCCCCCCCAUAGAACUACCGCAAAAAACGCACCUAUCGAUCCCCCGCCGGCCGCUAAGUUUAAACGGCGUUGGAAGUCAAGUUUGGCUCUCUCUCUCUCUCUCUCGACUUCCUUACAUAAGGCCGUUACUCAUACUUACGCUCAUUACGCGCGCGUGAGAGCCGCAGAAUUUCGAAGCCCCACUUAACGCCCUUAUAUCGCGAGCUCCAAUUUAACGCAGUCCUCGCCAUUAAAACUUGCGAAUUCCGAUAGAGUAUAAAUUUUCGGAGUCGCCGCGUCGUUACGCGGAAUUUCUAAUUUUCACCGCUGAUGCGCAGCUGUUUAAUUGAAAGCCGCUGCUGCUGCGUUUUGUUGAUAAGAUUUCAAUUCACGGAGCGCGGCUCUCUCGGACGCAAUUAAAAAAGUUAGAGUAUCGAGGUUUUUAACGGCCGCCACUGUGCGAGGGUGAGGGUUUUACGGACGAGAGCGUAGUGAAUAAUUUAGUGCAUCUCUCGCGAGCAGAUGCGACUCUUCGAUUUAUGCGUCGGAGUAGGAUUUCUCUCUGGCUGAGAGAGAGAGAGAGAGAGAGAGCGAUGGGAACUUUUCCGUUUUGCAUAAGUCAGCUUUCUCUAUACUACUCUACGAGUUAUUUGUGUAUAUGCGCAUAUAGUGAAUCGGCUUAUUUCGUCGAAUUGUUUGAAACUUGUUGCUCGUUUAGCGUAUAAUAAGUCGAGCGGUAAAAUCGAUGCCUCGCGUGAGCCACUCCGUUCUCUCGAAGAACAAAACGGGGACUUUCAAUUUAGCUCACCCAGCGCGAGAACGUACCUAUAUACACGUUUUUUUUCUUCUUCAGCUUAUCCCAGCCGAAUUUUACGAGUCGGCGCGCGAUCCCUCUUUUCAUGUCGCGUAAUAACUUUGUGCUGACGCUUUAACGAGCCGCCGAUAAAAAAAUUUACGAUUCGUCCCCGUGAAACUUUUCGGCGUAUAUGGAGUUCGUUCAGAUAUACACAUCGCAGACAGGUAGGACACGAGGAGUCGUAAAUUUUUCGGAAAUUUUGUCUAAUUCGAACGUAUACGACGGAGGACGAGCCCUUUUUUGACGUCGAUUUUUCGCGCGUCGAGCUUCGAGUUUACGUACUCGCUCGAAAUCGGGAGAGAAAAAAAGCUCGACUCUGACGUAUCAAGGGCGUUAUUGUGGUAACGAUCGGCAAGCCUCCAAAAGGAAAAGCUCGAAACACACCAAUCCAAACACGAUCACCAUGUAAAUUGCCGCUACUGGAGAAAAAAGCGCUGUAGCCCUUCGAAAAACCAUCGUAGCCGAGCUAACAACCUCACCCUCGCUCCCAAAAAAACAAAAGCCUCCCAAAACAAGCUGCUCCUCUCCAUCCACUCAUCCUCUGCUAGCAUCACAACAGCUUGUCUGCUGCGGGUUAUACGCGGCAGAGAGGAGCAGCCGCUAAUAGGCGUUGCGCCGUUCUCUCUCUCUCUCUCUCUCUCUCUCUCUCUCUCUCUCUCGCGAAUAUGAUUAGUUUUCCCGCACUUGGCUUGGAUACACACGUAUACGUGUAUACACACACACACAAGUCGCGCGCUCGCGACGCUAAUGGUUUCCAAGGUUACUAAUGGUCGCGUCAUCGUUAUCGGUUCUUUCGAGCAAAUAGAUCGAUCGACGCUGCUGCUGCUGCUCUCUUGGGCCUACUGCUAUACUAUGGGCUGCGCAUGUAUAGUAUAUCCGUCUCGCGGAGGCCGAUGGAGAUUAGGUUCGACCUGUCCCUUACAGCGCCGGUUUUAAAUACGCCGGGAAAGGCUAGAUGGAGUGGCUCUCGGAUGACGUUCAUUUUUCAGAGGAUCUUUCUUUUUUUACGCCUUUUUUCGAUUCAUCGGACCUGAUCGAUGGAGCGAUUUUAAUCUUCCUCUCUCUCACUCUCUAUAUAUAUAUAUCGUUCGCCUUUGCAUGGGGCAGCGCGAAAAGCGUUUUUUCAUACGCCGAAAUGAAAUAUGAAAGGCAAGCCCUUCAAUGAAAAAGUUACGCUGUAGUAGUGGAGAGCUGCUGCUUUGUUUGCAGUAUUUUUACUCUUUGUUGUGAAAUUUUCAUUGGAAAAACGGGAGUACACGGAUAGCUUCUGCUAUGACUUUUUUAUUUUUGGAUAUGGAGAGAGUACAUGAAUAAAGCUUGCGCAGUACACUGCUAUUUCAAGGAUGAAACGGGAAUAUGUAUGCAUUGAUCGGCUAUAAACGUAGUGCAUGUAACACAACGUAAAGAUUAACAAAUGAGGAGAUGGCAAACUAAAGAGAUGCACCUGCAAUCUCUAUAAAAAUAGCAAAUCGACCUAUGCUCUUAUACAACUUGUCUGCAUACGCGUAUACCCCAAUUCUAACCUUCUUCCCUCAUCAUAGCGUUCCACGCAAACCAAAGGCAAAACACAACGGAACCACCCCAUCUCAUAACGAUUUCACCUCGCUCCCUCUCCCGCGCAAGCUCAUAAUUAAUCCAUCAAAAUAGGAAGAAAAAAUCGAUCCCGCAACGCACACACACGAAAUCCCUCGACAUCAUCAUCUCUCUCUCUCUCUCUCUCUCUCUCUCUCUCUCUCUCUCACUCUUGGCUCCUCCGCGAUGCGCUUGCGCGGCUCGAUUUUAAUUCACGGCAUACUGCUCUGCUCUCGUACGCCUGCGUAUUGGCCUUUACUACUUGAUCUCGACGUCUCCCGUCUGUGUGUAUACGUACACCCCCACUUCUCACCGGCCGCAAUCGUUAGGACGUGUGUACUACAGGUACUACACGAUUCAGCGGCGUUUCAGGAGCGUGACGUCGCGAUGAAUCGCCCUGGUGUGAAUGACGACUUUUCUCGUAUGUUACCUUUUUUUUUUCAACGCGGAAUAAAAAUUGACGUCGACUCUCCUCUCUCGAAAUCGUAUACUCCCCGUGGUAUUUACAGGGAGAGAGAGGUAUAGAGAGCUUUUUACGGUUUACGGUAUAUCGGAUAAAGCUUUGAUUCGAAGCUGCAGCAGAGCCGUAAAACGCGAAAGGUUGUAAGCGCAAGAAGCGCACGAUAUUGCAAAUCGAUACUCAUACAGAGCCGGAAAUACAAUUAGUGCUGUAACGUCCCUCCGAUUGCCGCAGCCGAGCACGGGACCGCCGCUGCGCAAUUGUAAUCUUGUAAGCUCGAGAGUGAAAGAGGGCUGAUUGUAGCAAAGGACAAAUCGCCGCGGCGUAUAAUUACGGGCCGAAGAAAAUUACAGCUCUUUGCAAAGCCGUACAUAUUCGCGCAAAGCUCCCGCGAUUAAAAUCCCAAUGAAACAAAAAGGCAUACAUCGCACCAAGAGUAUGGGCGCUUAGUUUUAUCGCGGAUAUAGCUUUUAUGCUCCGCUCGUUUUCCACGGGGCGUAAUUCGCGGGGAGAGAAAGAUCCAACUCUUCCGCUGCUGCUUCUUCUCGUCGCGGGGGAUGCGCAUCUCGGGGAAGAAACUUUUCCGCUGAAUCUGAAUAAAAAAGUGCCUACUCUCGUCCUUUUUUUCUAGGAACUAUACUCCAUCCGCGACUUGGUCACGUAGUAUGUGUAACGCACGCCGCGAAAUCGAUGAGAACAAUAUAGGGGUGAGAAAAGCAAUUAACUCCGAGUCGCGGACACACGUAGAGAAAAUUCAGCGAAACGCGGAGGCGAAAAAAAUCGAUGCUCGAGUGCGAGAGAGAGAGAGAGAGAGAGAGAGAGAGAGAGAGAGAGAGAGAGAGAGAGAGAGAGAGAGAGAGAUGCCCCCAAGGAGCCGCGAGAAGAGGAAAAUUAAAUUACGCGCGCCCACAAAGGCGCGUCGGUAAUUGAAUUUUCGCGAUGUAACGAGAAGCCGCAGCAUCUCUCUCUCACUCGAGUGGCAAUCAUGAUGUGCCAACACGCCGAGCGGAAAAACACGAGCGUGCGGUGUCUUUUCCGCAACGAGAAGCUUCCGUUCCAUCUCGCCGCUACAUAUAGAGCUCCGAAAAAUAAGAGGCGAACCCGAGUGUAAAUUCCGAGAGAUAACCGCGCGCGAAACAGUAAAAGCUCUCGCGGCUCGCUCAUUUAGCGCGUGUAAAUCUCUCCGCUGUGAGCAACGCGCACAUAUACCAAAGUUAAUUUCCACGAAGCGAGCGUCUAGACCUGCCGGGAUCAAAGACUGUCCCGAGGAGUAUAUAUAAAUAUGCGCGUGGCCAGUACGCGCUUCGCGGUUCAAUCGUCCCUGUGUGCGUGCGCGAGUUGCCGUGUAUGUUUGAACUUCUGCGUGAACGAGCCGCGCACCUGAACACACAUCCAGUAUACGCGCACACACCUGUGUACUGCAGCCCGUCCGCCGCAGGUCCGCACACAUAGAGCCGGCUACUUCGGCCGCUAGGCUGUAUAGGGGGAUGGAAAAAGCUCGGAAGUGGGAUGCAUGCGCAUAACGUGCGGAAAAUAAGAUCAAGCCCCGAAAAAAAGGAAGAAAGAGAGAGAGAGAGAGAGAGAGAGAGAACCCCCAAGAAGCUCGAGGGUGUGAGGUGACGUCACGCCGGGUCGAUAGCCCAUACCCAACCUCCCUCUCGCGUCCACAUCCACGGGGGUUGAAGGGUGAGAGAGAGAGAGAGAGAGAGAGCGGGGCGAGCGCCACCUGGCGGGGCGCGCAUGCGCACGAGGCUAUACGGCGAGACACGGAGAGAGCGCAAGCACAGAGCGGCGGCACACGAAUCCACCGGCCGCGUUCCCGCCAUAUUAGCCAGGCAACAUGGGGUAGCGGACUGCCGCCGCCACUCUUUCCACUCUCCGGGAUGUGCGACAGGGGUGGCACGGGCUGUUUCUUCUCCCGCAAGGAGGGCCGGGGGGAAGUGACAGACAUAAGCGCAAGUCCGGGGAGGCAGGUGCCUGUCAACCAGUUGCGCCCCAAGGAGCCUCCCCCUAUGGUCAUUCAGGGAGACUUCAGAAAGGAGAGGGAGUCUCUGUUGCAGGUGAGCGGAAUAACGAACGAGAUCUUCAGGCAGUUGGAAACCGUAGAGAACGACCAUGACGCCUCAACGGCAGCGGCCCUCGAGGCCGUGGAGAAGCACGGCGAGAUGGUCGUCAGGGUCAUCGAGCCGAGGCAGAUGGGCAGACAGGCCUCCGAAGCUGCGAAAAAGUUCAUCGCCAUGCAGGAUCCAAAGCACCCUAUCCAUUUCGUCGAGAUCAUCAAAAGACCCGGUCAGACUCUGGGACUCUACAUUCGGGAGGGCAACGGUGUGGAUAGGAACGACGGCGUAUUCAUCUCGAGGAUAGCACUGGAGACGGCUGUUUACAACAGCGGCUGUUUGAAGGUCGGCGAUGAGAUUCUGGCGGUGAAUCUCGUGGACGUGACGCACAUGAGCCUCGACGACGUGGUGAUCAUCAUGUCGAUACCGAGGCGACUGGUGCUCGCCAUAAGGCACGGGCCGCACCAGCUCGUCUCGCACAGCCGGCAGAACGAGCACAAGGCGCCGCCGGUGGUCGUCAUCAAGAAGGAGCUCAACGAAGACGAGAACGACCACGUCACCAGCAACCACAUAAGGGACAGCAACCGCAGAAGAGGCGACGGCCGGGAGAUGCUUCCCUCGCGCUCGAAGCUGGGCUUAUCCGGCCUGGGCUCGACGCAGGACAUAGGCGCGAGCAACGGCGACCUGUACUACAACUCCAGGCCGGAGAGUCACAUAGGCUGGUCCUAUCAGCCGCCUCCGCCGCCCGUCAUCACUCAGCAGCCCAAGCCGUCCUCGACCCAGCACUUCCAGCCUUACGAGCGCGGCUAUCCCAAGACCCUCGAGAGCCUCGCUGAGAAGGAUUUCACGAAGGUACACUCGUUUUACCCGCCAACGGCGAACAACGGAACGCGGCGCAUGUCCGCGGGUACCGGCGUCCAGUCCGUCGGCGGCCCAGGCAGUCGUAUGCCCAGCUCGGCAUCGCACUACGCCACGGCCUACGGCCAGCAUCCGGCCACCGGACGCAUCAUGCCCAGGAGCGGCUCGGAUCAACAUCUGCCACGCGUCGACUACACCAGCAUCACGACACCGGCGAGGCACACGCUGCUCAGGUCCAGCCUGAAGACCGGUUCAUCAGCGUUACGGUACGGCACUCGCUACGGCGCCCAGAAUGACACGAUGUCGUCGCAGCGUCAGGGCCAAUUCGGCACGUUGACUCGUCGGCACAGGCCAUCGUUGGACUACGCCUCCGACACCGAGGCCACCUGCUCGAGCUCGCCGCGCUCGGCCUACUACUACUACAGGCACAACAUGAACAAUCCCGCGCAGAGCAGUGCGGUGUCACAUCUUGCAACCCUCUCGCGCUCGCAGAUCGGCCAGAGCACAGGCUUGAGAUCGAACUCGUUGCCGCGUAGCGGCCGGACGUUGCCGCAGCAGCCGAGCCUUAGACCGGGCCUUAGCACCGUCGCGUCGGGUCUGAUCGAUCAGGAAGACAGCGACGGAGCCCUCUCGGCUCCCGAACUACCCGCUAUCCGACGAGACCGAGGAAGGAUACCGUCGUCGCCGAGUGUCUUCACGUCGGACGAGUACCGAGCUUGGUUGAGUCGGACGCCGAGUACCUCGGCCCUCUACGAGCAGAUCCGCUCGACGUCGAAUCGACCGCCGCGCUACACCUACAGUGCCGAGAACAUCCACGCAGCCGUUAACCAGGCGGACUACGGCGGCUACGGCUCCUACCGGCCGAUGGCGAGCACACUGGACCGUCUGUCGACCCGUUCAGCCUCGGCCCAGCAGGUGAACCUGGCGAACCUUCGAGCCUCGACGGCGAUCAGCUCGUCGAGCCACAGAGCGGCGGCUGGCAAUCCGAGACCGUCGUCCGUCGCGUCGAACGUCAGGUCGUCAUUGGCAGGACAGAAAGCCGGUGGCCUCGGAGGAGCCGCGGCUAACCAACGCGCCAGCAACGUCCGUAGGAUGCGCAACAUCCUCGACCUCGAGUCGAGUCGAGGCAGCAUACCCACGCCGACGCCUGCCCGAAACAUAGACCAAAGACUACUAGACAUUAAUCCUGCAGAGUUCCUGAAGUAUAAGAUAGAGAAGCCACCGACGGUGGGAACGCCGAGCUCGACGAGUUCGCUGCUGAGCUCACUGGCCGACAGCACGGGCGGCGACUUCUCCAGCGGGGUGAGCGGUCUGCUCUGGGUCCACCUUCUCGCCGGACGCGGCCUUCGCGCCACCACGUCCACUUCGGCUGCGACGACACCAUCCACGCCGUCAGGUCAGCCUAGCAUAGUUAACUGCGGCCUGCGAGACCUGUACUGCGUGCUGGAGUGCGACCGAGUGCACAAGGCCCGAACAGUCGUGCGCACGGGAGACCUCAUGUUUGACUGGGACGAGAACUUCGAGCUGGACCUCGUGGGCAACCGGCAGCUCGACCUUCUCGUCUACUCCUGGGACCCGCAGUACCGACACAAGCUCUGCUACAAGGGCUCGGUUCACCUGGCGUCUCUCCUAAAGGAGUCGCCCAUCCAUCAGCUGGCGGUGAAGGUGGAACCACGAGGAACGAUAUACCUGAGGCUCAGGUACACGGACGCCGGCCAGACCUUCCGCAGGAGAGGACUGCCCAUCAUCUCUUUGGCCACGAGAAUCGCACCGCUCUUCGGCAUCGACCUCGACACAGUUGUGACUCGAGAGAGCAAGACCGGAGGCGUACCGGGCGGAGUGUCGACGGCUCUGGCGAUGGGCGGCAGUGGAGUCCCCAACGUGCCGAUAAUCGUCUGGCGCUGCGUCGAGGAGGUCGAGCGAAGGGGAUUGGACAUCAUCGGCUUGUACAGACUCUGCGGCUCGGCGACGAAAAAGCGAAUACUGAGGGAGGCUUUCGAGAGAAACGCGAGGUCGGUCGAUCUGUCGUCCGAUAACGUUCCCGAUAUCAACGUUAUCACAGGCGUUUUGAAAGACUACUUGAGGGAGCUGCCGGAGCCGCUGUUCACAAAGUGCCUCUACCAGAUGAUGGUCGACGCACUUGGAGUUUGUCUACCGGACGACCCCCAGGGCAACGCCAAGCUUAUGUUUAGCAUCCUGGAUUGCUUGCCGACCGUCAACAAGUGCACGUUGAUAUACCUACUGGAUCAUCUGGCGAUGGUCAUCUCCCAAUGCAAUAAAAUGUCGCCGGCGAGUCUGGCGGUCUGCUUCGGCCCGGUACUGAUGCUGCACUCGGAUGAGUCAGGAGCGCCACUCGACUUCCAGCAACCCAUAGCCGUGCUCAAGUAUCUGCUUGAGAUCUGGCCCGUCAAGUCAGUUCGGAAGAUUUCUUCAGCCGGUUCAACACUUCCUCGAGUUACGCCAGCUCUCGGCAACAGCAGCAACACCACCAGCAGCAGCUCGCAUCAGCCGCAGGUCUCGGCUGCCUCUCAGCUUCUGCAUCAGCAUCAUCAGCAAUCAAUGCAGCAGCAGCAUCAGCAGCAGCAAAUUCAGCAGCAGCAGCAAUCAAUGCAGCAGCAUCAGCAGCAGCAGCAAAUCCAGCACUCACACCAAGCGCAGCAGCAGCAGCAGUCGCAGCAGUCGGGAACCUUGCCUCGAACAGGGCUGCUCUGGCAGCAGCAACCCUCACUUCAUCAUCAGCCCCCCACAACUACUACAUCGGCCGUUCAGCAGCUGCAGCAGCAACAGCCACCCACCACAACUUCCUCGCGGCCUCCGCCACCGCCGCCUAUCAAGCCGCGACAGGUGAUAGUCUCGUCUCCCGGUUCACCUAGCAGCGAGGAUUCCAGCAGCUAUCAGGAGUCAGUUAAGAUGAGCCGGCAGUCACCGGCUACUACGACUACGGCCACGACCAGUGGCAGCAUGAGCAGUAGCAGCAGCGUCAACGCCAUGACCGCAGCGGCCACGACGAGCAGCGGCUUCAACUUCAGCAGCUACAGCAACGCCUCUCACGGCAGCACCGCCGCCACGACCUCUAGCAGCAUCUUCGUCAACAGCAAGCCUCACCCCCACUCCACCAAUCCGUUCCUCAACGCCAUGAGCAACGGCAACGGCUACGGUAACGGUAAUGGGGGUAAUGGACACCACCACAACAGUAACGGUCACAGCGUCAGCUUCUUCGGCAACGGGACGAACGAGCAGGUGACGCCGACCAGCAGCGUCGACACGGAGGACGGCGGUACUGGCCAAGGUGAGGAAGGCGAGCGCGGCGUCGAGGGUGACGCUGAGGCCAGCGACGACGAUCACCUGCAGAACAAACACUGAGAUGAGGAGUCGGUCGCGGGCGUAAAGAAGGGCCGCGUCGCCGAUCUGGCCAGUCGCUACAGCGUGAGAUUCGCUAGGGAUGUACAGUAGGGACUUGGUCGGGCGCUCGGGAUCGACGAAUCGUUUUUUUUUUUUUGAGAUUAGGUGAGCUUCCGUUCUCGGACUCGUUGACUGCAAAAGUACCGCGACGAUGCGAUAUACGUAAGAUUAUACGAGUGUAUAAGACGAGUCGCGAACUUUGAUGUCGUCGGGUCCUCGAACGGAAGAUCCACCGCGGUACAUACGCACUGAGUCUUCAUACCUAACUAUAUAUGUAUCUAAGAGAUGUAUACGACAUGCUAAGGCGGUGAGAAGAGAAACUGCAGUUGAAGCAGAGAGAAAUCAAUGAUGUUCGCACAACGAAGACCUUACUGUACAUCUUGGCGAACCACAGUCUCGUAAUAUACAGCAACAGCGCACGCAAACAUAUAUAUAGAGUCUUUUGUCGAGAGAUGGCGAAUGAAAAGUCUGAUUGCUGUACGAGUGGAGAAAACUUACGAUAGAGAGAGAGAGUGACAGACACGUACAUUUACACACAAAAAA